AUGCUGACUGCUUCUACAAACAUUUGUGAAAGAAUGGAUCACUCUCAGGAGCUCAGUGACUCCAAGCGUGGUACCGUGAUAGGUUGCCACCUGUGCAAUAAGUCCAUCCAUGAAAUGCCUUUGCUACUAAAUAUUCCACGGUCACUUGUUAGGGGUAUUAUAACAAAGUGGAAACAACUGGGAACAACAGCAACUCAGCCACCAAGUGAGCGGGGUCUGCGCAUGCUGAAGCGCACAGUGCUUAGAAGUCGCCAACUGUCUGCAGAGUCAAUAGCUAAAGAUCUCCAAGCUUCGUUUGGCCUUCAGAUUAGCACAACAACAGUGUGUAGAGAGCUUCAUGGAAUGGGUUUCCAUGGC